UGUAAUAAAGAAUUCUGUAGGGGAAAAAUAGUGUUACACUGCAGAUUUUAUUUUUAAUACAGCGCUGUAAAUGCAGUUUUACACGGAUAACUUCUUCUGAGAAGAAAGCCUUAGCUGUCUUUUCUUACGGUUGAAGAACUACCUCAUUUAAAGGCUACCUAAAGCUGCUGUUUAAGACUUGUUAUUGUUCAUUUUUUAUUUGUUCAUCGCGUUUACAACUGGAAUAUUACUGAAAAGGCAGGUGUGACAGACCACAGCAGUGCAUGUGUUAGUGGAAAGAUAUCCGCACUGGAAUUUAAGAAGACCAUCGAGGAGGGCUUACACUGACAGCAGAAGAAGACAACGAGAAAAAGGGGGUUGAACAAGAGCUCAGCACUUGAUCCUCAGGUUCCAAGCAAGCAAGUGAGCAAAAAAGAGCAAACGCUUAAGCAACCCAUUCAUUGGCAGCUCUCCCCAGAGGAACCUUUUAUUGACACCUUGCGCCCCAGCCAUGUUCCAGCGACUCAGCAGUUUGUUCUUCGGAGAGGUGGAGGAGGCAUCUAAGGAGCUGAAGACACCCAAACCUUCGGUGCUGGAGGUGGAUGAGGAAGGAUGGCUCCUCAUCAGCAUGCCUGAGGGCGCUACCGUGACCGAGUCCACCCCUAUAGAUGAAGUCUUUGUUGAACUCCCCGUCACAUCCGUCCACAGCUCCCAUGGCGACCAGUUUGUCAUUGAGGAUGGCGUGGCCAGUCUGGUCAGCCUGACCAACAGCGUGAGGACAUCAGAGCCGAUGCCGUCUGUUGUGCCCCGUCGGAACAAUACGCCCGGGCGGGUUACCCGCGGGGCGGCCUCUCAGGUGGGGCCACUGGCCAAGGUGACCCAGGUGGGCCGUGUCCAGCGAGCGCAGGCCCGCGCCGACCGCCGUCACCUCAGCCGCAACCGCAUCCAGCGGCAGAACAUCGCCCGGGAACGAGUGCCACGCCGAGCCGGCCAUGCCCGCAACACCUUUCUGCACCAGCCCUGCCUGCGCAGCUUCAACCACUGAGGUGCUAGGAGGGGGUGCUGUUUACACUGAGGGCAUUAUAACCCCCCCCCCUUUCCUCCGUUACCUGCUCCUAUAUGACCCUGAUAUUCUGUUGUUUUUACCCAAACUGGGCUAUGGGUGCGUUGUUUAGAUUAGUGAACCACAUGAUUAGCAAGUUUAACACAUUAUCAGGUUUUUCCUCCACUCAGGCAACUUAACUCUUCCCUUUUUUUCUCUAACAUUUACCCAGUAAUGGUCAUUGUCUCCUAAAAGUUCAGUCAAUAAUUUAUCAUCAAGCCUUGAUAUGAGCUAUGUCUAUCGAAUGGCAGCUGACAAUAGAGGUGGAGGUGGAAAGAGAGAUUUAAGAAGUUAUCAAAAAUCAGUCUCUGUACAAGGACAGGCUUUCCUGAAUAAUAUCCAGCCAACUGCUGCAGCUUCUACACAUCCGCAUUGGUUGCUUUUCUCUGGUUGUUUUGCUGUAACAGAUACAUGGGUUUACACCAUUAUGCACAAUUUCUGUAAAAUGAUUAGGAAACAAAUAAUGAAAGGAGAAAUGCAACCUCCACAAAAAGUUUAAGACAUUGGAAAGGCGCGAUUUUUCCCUUUCUGUUUUCAUGAGCAGACAGGCCAUUCUGUUUUGCCUAGGUGCUACAGAAAAUGUAAGCAUCCCAGGUGUUUCAUGGGAAGGGCUUUUUCUUUCCCCUGUGGUAAAAAAAAGACAUCCCCAGUGCACAGGGAAAAGCCUUUUGAUAGGGAGCAUAGAGAAAAGCAAAGGGAUGAUAACGCCAACAUGCAUGUCACAACUUUUUACAGCCACCUUAUCUUGCAGUGUCUUGUAUAAACAUUACAGCAAUAAUCUGCUGCAAUAAAAUGGAUUAAUCUCUUACUGUGCAGCAUAGCAGGAAAUUAGCUUCCUUAUUUUCCAGGUUAUGAAAAUGUAGCACAGCCCUAAUUGUACAAAGAAGCUUUAUGUUAUAUGACCUGUGAAAUAUUUUGCCAAUAGAAUGGAAACUCACAUGUUGGUAGCGAGAGCUCAGCCAGGCAAUUAGAUAUUUUACUUCCAAGGUCAAAGAGUCCAGGUCUUGCUCCAUCACUACCUCCAAGCACUUGCCACUUGACCUCCAGAAACUGCCCUUUGGCUGGAUACAUCCACUGUGAAAGCCUGUCUUUUUAUUAGCAAGGUCAACCGGUUUCGCCUCUCUGUAAAACAUACCACGGUCAUGUGUGACAGCUUUAUUGGGCUCAACAUGUAAAACAAAGCAUGUAAAAAUGAACUUGAUUGCAUGAACAUGUAAAACAGAACUGGGGAGGAGGGAAUGUGGCCUUUUUCCUGCACUUCCCGUUCUUGACUUAAAACUUGCGUGCUGCAGUCUUGACCAUUCCUGUAACCUCAGCGAGGGCUGGUGCAGCACCUGGCUAGCUACCGCACAGCACUCAUUUACUGCUUGCCAGAGUCUUAGAAGAACAUGAUUGAUAUUGACACAAUGAAAUGCACCAAGAGCAUUAUGGUACAUCCACACAAGGGUUUUAACUAUAGCAAGGGUGCACACUUUUGAAGCUUAAGACAUCUGGUUUUUGCUCAUUGUCUUGUCUCUCCCCAUAACAAAGUUUGGUUUUUGUAAGGAUCUCAUCGGCUUGUAUAUCUUUACAGAGACUA